CACAUAUGGGAUCAGUAGAAAGAAUAGUCCGUUCUGAGAUUACGUAUACUGUAGAUAUCUGUAGCACUGUGGAAUCUUUUGUUAUCUUCUACUACUUAGUGUACAACAAAUAAUCAUGAAAGCCAUAAGUGUGGAAAAUCAAUAUGAGAAAUUUUCGGAUCUGGAAAAAUCGGAAGUUCUCAAAUUGAUGGAAUGGACCAAUCGUCAAAAGCAUUUGCCAGACAUCGAAGAGAUCGAAGCUAUCCUGUUUCUAUAUUCGUGUCAUAAUAGUAUGGAGCUUGCCAAACAAACUGUGGAUUUGAAUUUUACCUUGCGUACACUUUGUCCUGAAUUUUUCGCGAAACGAGAUACUUCCAGUAGUGAUAUACAGCGUGCAAUGAAAGUUUGCGGGAUCGCACCUCUACCCUACACAACAGCAAAAGGAGAGAAAAUUAUUGUCUCAAAAAUGAUAAAUCCAGACCCCAAUGAAUUUCAUUUUGCGGAUGUUAUUAAAUUAUAUUUUAUGUGUUUUGACUUCUGGAUGAUGCAAGAAGGGACUGCUUCAGGGCAUAUUUUGGCUUGUGACAUGAAUGGCUGUGUUCUUGGACACAUUCUUCGACUAAGCCCAUUUCUUAUGAAGAAAUUCCUCUUUUAUCUUCAGGAAGCCUGUCCUGUAAGGAUAAGGGGAUUUCAUUUCAUCAAUACUGUACCGUUUAUGGAUAAACUUCUAGCUAUUAUGAAGCCUUUCAUGAAAAAGGAACUUAUGAAUGUAAUGCACUUACAUCAAUCGGUUGAAACGUUCCACGAAUACGUCCCAAAAGAAUAUUUGCCGGAGGAUUAUGGUGGACCAAAAGAGAGUCUUAAAACACAUUAUGAGCGAUUUUAUGAGGAUUUGAAGAAUAAUCAGGACUUUUUUACUAAGGAGGAACAAACAAGACGAGUCGAUGAAAAACAACGCCCAGGGAAACCUAAGGUGGCAUCUGAUUUGUUCGGAGUUGAAGGAAAUUUUAAGAAAUUAGAUAUUGACUAGAAUAAAUAUAUCUGCGCAAUAGUCAUAGUAGAAAUACAAGCGGAAAGUAGCAACUCUCAAUCGCAUUUAGCUUAGAAAGUUUUUAUAAAUCUUAGGAGCUAUAAAGGGACAAAAAGUGAAAAUUAAAGCCGUUUUUUAAGUUUUUUU